AGAUGCUCAUUGACAAUUAUUUAGGACAUUACGCCGUGGUUUUCUUUUAAUUUGGUCACUGUUGAAAUUGUAUGGUCAUACUUGCAUAUAUCGAUCUCCCCUGUUUUCUUCUCUGUAAAUUUUAUAACUUGGAACCUAGACACCCAUGGCUACUGUUUCUCAAUUGAAUAACUUUCCAUGCAAGACCUUCUUAAUAACCCCACAAAACAGUAACUUUACCUCAAAACUUCCGGUUCUGCCUCUAAACUCUACAAAACCAACUCAGAAUUCGAUCAAGAAAUCUCAAUUUUUGACCCAGAAAUCAGUCCAGCCAAGGCCUGUUUUCCAGGUCCGUGCUUCGGACGCCGACGACGAAUGGGGCCCGGACAAGGAGGAGCCAGUUGUAAUCGAGAGUCCUGGAGUGGCCGUGGCGGAAGAGAAGAAGCCUGACGAUGCGGGGGAAAUAGAGAGCUUGAAGAAAGCUUUGGUGGAUUCGUUUUAUGGGACGGAUCGUGGCUUGAAAGCUAGCAGUGAGACCAGAGCUGAGAUUGUUGAGCUUAUAACUCAGCUCGAGGCCAAGAACCCGACUCCAGCACCAACUGAGGCUUUGCCUCUUCUCAAUGGCAAAUGGAUUCUCAAGUACACAUCAUUCCCGGGUCUGUUUCCACUGUUGUCAAGGGGUCAAUUUCCUUUAGUUAAGGUGGAGGAAAUAUCACAGACCAUUGAUGCCGAAAGUCUCACUGUGCAGAACUCUGUUCAGUUCGCUGGACCAUUGGCCUCAAGUUCUAUUAGUACCAGUGCUAAAUUCGAGGUUCGAAGCCCCAAACGUGUGCAGAUCAAGUUUCAAGAAGGCAUAAUUGGAACUCCCCAGCUGACAGACUCCAUAGUGUUACCAGAAAAUGUGGAAUUUCUAGGACAAAAAAUUGAUCUCACUCCUAUUAAGGGCUUGCUGACCUCUGUGCAAGACACAGCUUCAUCUGUUGCAAAGACCAUUUCCAGCCAACCGCCAUUGAAGAUCCCAUUAUCAAACAGCAAUGCUGAAUCAUGGUUGCUUACAACAUACCUUGACGAUGAACUGCGGAUUUCAAGGGGAGAUGCUGGGAGUGUGUUUGUGCUCGUCAAGGAGGGCAGCGCUCUCUUGAACUAAACUCUGGGUUCCGGUUCUUCUUCUUCCUCAGCUAUGUAUUAGAGUUAUCUGUUGUCGUGGUUUUUAUUAAGACAGAAUGUCAGAACUAUACACUUAUAUGGGUAAUACAUGGUCAUGGACUCUAUUUGUUGUAACACUUGGUUCCAACUUGCUGUCUCAAGCAAGGAAGAGUUGGUAUAUACUACUUGAAACAUAUAUACAUAUCAUCUAUAUAUAUGCCUAUUCAUGUA